GCCUCUACGGGAAGGAUGGGAUCCUGCCCGCCCGGAAGAUGCUUCGUUUCACUGGCAAAGGAUUCUGGGAGCAGCUGCGGGACUCCCCGACUCUGCUGUGGCUGGGCCCCCACCUGGGGCUGGACACGGAGCAGGGCCUGGAGCUGCUGUGCCUGAUGGGCUCGCUGCUCUCCUUCGGGGCCCUGGUGCUGGAGCCCCUGCGGGACAGCGUGGUCUUCCUCGCCCUCUGGGGCCUUUACCUCUCCGUCUACCAGGUGGGACAGGUGUUCCUCUACUUCCAGUGGGACAGCCUUCUGCUGGAGACGGGCUUCCUGGCGGUGCUCGUGGCCCCCCUGCACCUGCUCAAAUGGCGCUCGACAGCCUGGAGGGCGCACGACGGGGUGACCUUCUGGCUGGUGCGCUGGCUGCUCUUCCGGUUGAUGUUCGCCUCCGGGGUGGUGAAGCUGACCAGCCGCUGCCCCACCUGGUGGGGGCUCACAGCGUUGACCUACCACUACGAGACCCAGUGCAUCCCCACCCCGGCCGCCUGGUUCGCCCACCAGUUGCCGUUCUGGUUGCAGAAGCUGAGCGUGGUGGCCACCUACGUGAUCGAGAUAGCCGUCCCACCCCUCUUCUUCGUGCCGCUGAGGCGCCUACGCCUGGUGGCCUUCUACACCCAGGUCCUUCUGCAAGCCCUGAUCGUCUUCACCGGCAACUACAAUUUCUUCAACCUGCUGACGGUGGUGCUGAGCUUCUCCCUGCUGGACGAGGAGCACGUGGGGCUGUGGCUGGGCCAGGGGCGGAGGAAAGCCAGUGGCGGCUGGCCCUGGCGCCUGGCCACCUUGCUGGUCGAGCUGGCUGUCUACGGCCUCCUGAUCUACUGGACCAGCCGUUACUUUGGGCUGACCAUCAACUGGGAGAAGAGACUUCUCGAAUCCAAGACAGCCUUCACCUACCACGAGUUCACGCAGUGGCUGAAGCGGGUGACCCUCCCCCUGGUGGCCCUGGGGCUGCUCUCCUUGCUCUGGGAGGUCCUUCAGGCCGGGUACAGCCCUCUGCUCUGCCCGCAGGUCCCCUUCACGUACAUUGAGUUCGAGUCCAACGGGAAGCUGUGGCCGGGCAUCCAUCAGGUCUUUGGGGCUGUGGAUCACUACCAGCUGGCCAAUUCCUACGGGCUCUUCCGGCGAAUGACGGGCGUCGGUGGGCGGCCCGAGGUGGUGCUGGAAGGCAGCCACGACAAGGAAACGUGGACGGAGAUUGAGUUCAUGUACAAACCGGGCAACGCCAGCACAGCACCCCCCGUCGUGGCCCCCCACCAGCCCCGCCUGGACUGGCAGAUGUGGUUCGCCGCUCUGGGCCCCCCCACACACAGCCCCUGGUUCUCCAGCUUCGUCUACCGCCUCCUGCAGGGCAAGAAGGAAGUGAUCCACCUUGUGCAGGUGGACGACUCCAAGUACCCCUUCAGAGACCAGCCCCCCACCUACAUCCGGGCCCAGCUGUACAAAUACUGGUUCACCGAGGCCGAGUCGGACGGGUGA